AUAAGGGUUUGCCCUGACAGUCCAGUUCGAGGGAUUAAAAUUUCACCUUCGUGUGCGUUUGUUGAUGACCUCCAACUGAAAUAUCGCGUCAUCUUUCUGCGACUAUUACUGUCGCGGGUAGGCGCAAAGAUGGCGCCUUCUCCAACAAAGCGGAAAGAAGACGACAAGAGUAAACAGCGAGGUAAGGAGAAAUCAGGAGCCAAAGAAGGAGCUGACAAAAGCCGGGGCCGAGAGAAGAACCGCACACGGCGCAGUGCUUCCAGUGGGAGCAGCAGGUCCAGCUCCAGUUCCAGCAGCAGCUCGGGCUCCAGCUCAGGUUCUUCGAGUGGCUCAAGCUCCUCUGCCUCCAGCCACUCAGGCUCAUCCAGCUCCCGCUCCUCUUCCUCCUCCUCCUCAUCCUCUUCGCCAAGCCCCAGCCGCCAGCGCCACAACAACAGACGACGCUCCCGCUCAAAGUCAAAAUCAGCAAAGAAGGAUGACAGAGACCGGCGGCGUCGGAGCCCCACACCCAAACCCACCAAGAUCUACCUGGGCCGGCUGACCAGAAAUGUUAUCAAGGAACACAUCCAGGAGAUCUUCUCUACCUAUGGCAAGAUCAAGAUGAUUGACAUGCCCAUGAAUCGCGUCCACCCUCACCUGUCCAAAGGCUACGCCUACGUGGAGUUUGAGACGGCCGAGGAGGCGGAGAAGGCCCUGAAACACAUGGACGGAGGUCAGAUCGAUGGUCAGGAGAUCACAGUCACAGCUGUGCUGGCUCCCACAGUGCGUCCUCCCCCCCGCAGGCUGUCUCCUCCCCGCAGGAUGCCCCCUCCACCGCCGAUGUGGCGACGCACACCGCCUCGAAUGAGGAGAAGGUCUCGGUCACCACGGCGACGCUCUCCAAUACGUCGCAGGUCUCGAUCACCCGGCCGUCGCCGUCACCGGUCGCGUUCCAGUUCCAACUCCUCCCGCUGAUGAUGACAAACCCCCUCCUCCUCCUCCUCCUUAUUUUUGAUCAAACACAUGUGAUAGAAGCACACAUAUUUUGUAGUUGACUGUUGCCAAUCAGUGAAAUGAGAUGAGAACAUGGACACCAAAAUCAUGACUGCAUACCUGAGUACAUCAUUGUAGCAAGUGCUUCACGCUGACAUCACAGCACAUUAUUCAAUAAGACACGAGCAUAAUCUUUAAGCUGAGAAAAUGAGUUUAAAGCAGGUCUAUGUUGAAUGGUGAACAAUCCUAGAUUCUGUGUAAGUUUGAGUCACUGUGCAGCAACCAAGUAUGAGCUUUCUGACUGUACUGCACAAGGCAGUUAUGAAAUGUCUUUUGAAUGUCCUUGAAAUGUAUUUACCAAUACAUUACCAAAAUUACUAGAAUGUUCCGCUUUGUUUUGUUUUUUAAUUAACAGCUUCCACUUGCUGAAUAAGAUACAUCUUAUGUGUCAGACUGUUCUCAGCAUUAUGAUUCAGUUUGUGUUUCAUGUCAGUCAGGCCAUUUGGCUGCAACAUGAGUUAAUUCAUUUAAAACACAUAUUGCUGUAAUAAACCAAUAGGCGAGUUUCUGUCCAAAUUCAAAUUAAAAAUUUUCAAGAAAUGUCCAGAAAAUCGGGAAAGAAAAUGGAAAUGAUGCACGUUUCUAUGUGCUGCUGUUAUGUGAGAACAUUAGCCUUUGGUUCCAGGAGAAGAGAGCUGAAGGGAGCUGAUGGAAGUAAACAAAGACCUGUUUUCUUCCAUUUUAGAGGAAACAAAACAUGUUAGGUCACGUUUAAGUCGCUGAGUCUGUCUUCACUGUGCUUUGUCACAUUAUGCUUUGAUCAAAACUAGUCUGUGACAUUCUGACGUUAACAAGUUAGCAGUAUUUUUGUUUUUCUUUUGUGUGUGUGUGUUUUUGAAAGUGUGCCUAAAAACGGGUGGAUGGGAAUGCACUUGUAUAUGUUAGUCACAUCAUAAAUUGACGCCACGUUAGCAUGGAAUCAAUCAUCUGGUGGAUCACACGAUUGAUUCUAGUGUCUGUGUUCUCAUCGCUGAAGCCGUAACUUUACUAAUGGCUUUAAAACACUCUUAAAAUAACUUUACUGUACAGUAUGUUAGUCAGUGUCCUGAACAUGUGAACAGCGUUGCUCAUCUGGGCAUUCUGCGUCCCAUCCCCCCACACACACGAUGCACCCAAUAGGCAGUGAAAAUGAUCUGCGGUCACACACAAGUGGAGGUAGGCGGUGCGUCGCAGCCGUCAGUCACAGUGACAAAGGCAGCUGCACAAGUGAGUCACAGUAACUCAGAAAUCAGUCAAGUCUGAAAAAUACGUUGUGAACGCAUAAAGAUCAGCGGGUUAUUGUGUGAAUUACUGAUACAUCAACAUCACAUUUGUGCUCUUAGUUCUGAGAGCAAGAGUUUUGUUAACGUGUAACUAAGUGCAUGUUUUUUUGUUUUGUUUAAACUUUAUUUUUCCCCAAAAAUCUCGAUGUGUGUGGUUCAACUAAUGUCUUGACAAUAAAAUGUACUAUUUGACCUGUCACAGCA